CUAACCUUGGCGGGACUUUGGAGAUGGCGGUUCUAUUAGAGACUUCUCUUGGCCAACUUGUAAUUGAUCUGUAUUGUGAUGAAAAGCCGCGAACAUGUACAAACUUUAUCAAACUCUGCAAACUGAAGCACUUCAACUUUUGUCUCUUUCACUGUGUACAGAAAAAUUUGGUUGCCCAGUCUGGGGAUCCUAGCGGAACAGGUCAUGGUGGUUGGUCUUUUUUCAAGUACUUGUAUGGUGACCAGGCAAGUUAUUUUGAUGCUGAGAAAAAACCAAAAAUAUCGCAUACACGAAAAGGGCUGGUUUCCAUGGUGGACAAUGGAUCUGGACAGCAUGGUUCUCAAUUCUUCAUAACUUUGGGAGAUGAUCUUAGUUACCUGGAUGACAAGCAUACAGUUUUCGGCUAUGUACGUUUGCGAUGAAACUGUCAAAACUUUAAUCUGCAGAUUGCUGAGGGAAUGGACUUCGUUGAAAGAAUAAAUGAGGUGUACUGUGAUAAAAAUGGUCGGCCGUUCCGCAAUGUCAGGAUACAUCAUACAAUUGUUCUUGAUGACCCAUUUGAUUCACCGAAAAUGAUUCGUUAUCCUGACUCUCCACCCUCAAUAAACGUCUCUACAUUUGACACUAGAUUAGAAGAGGAUGAAGAACUAGAUGAUACGGAAGGACUUUCACCUACACAAGUGGAGGAACUGAAGAUAGAGCAAGAAGUUAGAACUCAUACUCAGCUUCUUACAUUGAUAGGGGAUUUACCGGAUGCUAAUGUUAAACCUCCAAAUAAUGUACUUUUUGUGUGUAAACUUAAUCCCGUAACCACAAGCGAGGAUUUGGAGAUUAUCUUCAGUCGGUUUGGUGAAAUCAAAUCAUGUGAAGUAAUUAGAGAUAAACGUACUGGUGCUUCUCUUCAGUAUGCUUUCAUAGAAUAUGAGAAAGAAGCUGAUUGUGAAGAUGCCUAUUUCAAAAUGGACAAAGUCGUUAUUGAUGAUAGACGUAUCCAUGUGGAUUUCAGUCAGUCGGUUGCUCGUGAAUGGCAGUCUUACGGAAAAGAUAAGCUUGCACGUGUCCAACCUUCUUCUGAGUCAAAAAAAUCACGAGACAUAAAACAAGCUUGUUUACCUAGAUCACCAGAACGAAAUAGUAGAAGAAAUUACCCCCAGCAUUCUCAUAGCCAUGAAAAUAAGAAAAAGAAAUAUAGUCCUAUAAGAUGCGAAUCUCCAUCUGUAUUAGGUGAGGAAUAUGAUUUGGUAAUUUCAGAUGAGUCUGAUUCCUCAUCAUUAUCGGUUAAUCCCCGGGGGAAAUCCAAAUGGAAAGAUCAUUUAGGGCCAAGCAAGUCAUCCAGAAAGCACCACAAAAAACACAAAGAGAGAAAAAGCAAACAUAAGAAACACCAUUCACGAUACUAACCAUUGCAACAAAUUUUGGUAUUUGUUAUUGUAUAUUAUACUUCGUGAUGCCCAUAUUUUGUAAACUACGAACUCAUCAUUUUUUGUAAACCUUGACUUUUGUUGUUAUAAUUGUUGAGAUGUAAUUAAUCGCAAGAUCGCCACCUAAUUACUUAGAUCAAACGUUAUAAACAUUGAGUAAAACAGUUAUAUGAUCAAUCAUUUGCAUGCGUAUUUGUUUGAUAAACCGUGUUUACUUGUAUUUUCCAUAAUUAUUAUCACGUCUAAAAAGUUUACAGGGGUGAA